UCUCCUGUUUCUGUAUACAAUCUCCUAUUCUUGCGUUGCCUUUCUUUUGCUGGGAGCGCAAACCCUUUGCCAACAGUAAAAAUGGCAACUUUGAAAGAAAAACGUACCUGUGGUCAACGAUGUGAAGACUUUGGGCACUUCGUGUGGAACUCAGACACCAAACAGUUCAUGGGGAGAACUUUAGAAAGAUGGGUGUACAUCAGUCUGUAUUAUGUUUCCUUCUACAUCGUGAUGUCGGGGCUGUUCAUCCUCGCCUUGUACGUUAUGCUGUUAACACUAAAUCCAUACACUCCCACAUACCAGGACCGGUUAACAUCACCAGGAGUAAUAUUACGGCCAGAUAUAUGGGGGGAGGAAGGACUGGAGAUCAUUUACAAUGCCUCAGAUAAGAAGAGCUGGAUGAGAAUGACCAACAUUCUUGACAAAUACCUUUUGCAUUACAAUGAGACUCAUCAAAAUGAAAGCAAUCGGCAUUGCCCCAGCGGCUCGUACUACAUUCAGAAAGAUUUCAAGGGUCCAAACCACACUAAGUAUGCCUGUAUCUUCACUCGAGAGAUGCUGGGGAACUGCUCUGGCCUGGAGGACCCCACUUACGGAUACCCGGAGGGGAAGCCAUGUUUCUUAAUCAAAAUGAACAGAAUUAUUAAUUUUCUCCCUGGGAAGGUUGGAUCGCCACCAUAUGUCAAGUGUACUAUGUUGGAAGGCAGUCCCUCAAAUCUAGACCAUGUGGAGUAUUACCCAGUGAAUGGCACCUUCGACAUUUCUUACUUCCCUUACUAUGGCAGCUUGGCCCAGCCCAACUACACCAACCCCCUGGUGGCAGUCAAGUUCAACAGCAUCAAGAAGAACACAGAGAUUAAGAUUGAGUGCAAGGUGGUGGCAGACCAUAUCUGUACAGACAACUUCCACGACCCCUAUGAAGGCAAGGUUGUGUUCCAGCUCAAGAUUGAAUCGUAGCAGAAGCACAGCCAGGCUUAGUCAUUUCACCUCCAAGUAGCUUCUAACCAUUAAGGAGAAAUCUGCCCUAAAAUAGGGCCUUUGCAGAUGUUCACCAUGCACAUUUACUAUGCUUUUUCUACAUAUACUACAUGAAACUUCUGCAAGAGAUGAUGGCAUGGUUAGCUAGAUAGUACUAUAGUUCCUGUAAAGGCCACAGGUCUUUACAUGGUACAGUAGAACCUCAAAGUUACAUGCCUCACACCUGCAAACUGACCAAAUCAAAUGAACACACCCCUUGAAAUCAGAAGCAUGGCUCCUUGUUACAGUACUGUCUUACCAACCCCCCACUCAUUAUGUAUGUACUAACUGUUUUUUUUUUUUUUUAUUAAAAAUGAGGUUCUAUUGUAUUAAUGCAAUAUGCUGGUAGCCUGUAAAUGGACUGUUAACUUUCCCCAAAAGGUAGACUGGCACAGACCACACCUUCACAAGUUCUUAGACUGUUUGAGGUUGAGUUUUAUUAUUUCCAAAUUAAAAGGAAACUUCAGCUUUUUAACAGUAUUACGAAUAAGCAGUUUUAUAUAAAUAACUGACCACCACGAUAUGCAAACCAAGUGUUCUGUGUUUAAGGAUACUGCCUAUUUACCAGACAUAAGCAGCAGUGGUAGUUGCAUCCCGUUUAUUUGUCUACCUGCAUAUUCUGAUGUGUGGUUGAAAGCCCAGUUAUUUUUUAAUGCAACUUCAAGCAGCUGACUUGCAUGUUUUGGAAGAUUUUCUUUAAGUAUGACAUUUCUUUUUUUUGGUGAGCAAUUACAAGGUUUGAAGCAGCUCAAUAUGUAUUUAUAUGUUGAAAGCAGGUGUUUAGCAAGCUUUGUUAGUGUAGACUUUCAGGCAUUUUAUCCCAUUAAUAAAAGACUGUUUGGGUAUUCUAAAAUAAAUAUGAAAAGUGUCUUUAUACCUGAUUGUU